GACUUUUCUUCAUCCAAGCAAAAUGGUAACUUUCUGCUGGGGUAUUUUUUGCAAACACGGUUCAUAUGUACUCGAAAAACCAACAGAAUCUUUGCCAGAAGACAGGAGGUCAUCAAAACGUGAUGGAGUCAUCAAUAUUCCAAUACAUACAGGCAAACAAUCGAUAGUACAACAUCCAAAAAGUCCAGAAGAUGAACAAUCAAUAAGAACAGCAAUAGAGACCAACGACUUCAUCAAAAAAAUAGUAUCUAAAGACGUGAUCGAAGAAGUAGUAUCCGCCAUGUACGAUAAAGAAGUUUCAGCAGAAGAAAUAGUUAUAAGACAAGGCGACAACGGUAGUCACAUAUACGUGUCAGCAAAAGGAAGAUAUCAGACGAUAGUAAAUGAAAAAGUUGUGGAUGAAUUCGAGGACGUUAGGGUUUUCGGGGAGCUUGCCAUCCUCUACAAUGCCAAACGGGGUGCUACCAUCAAAGCGAUGACGUCUGGAAAGCUGUGGGUGUUGGACAGUGACCUGUACCAGCGGAUAAGGUACAAACGGAACCUAAAGGAAGAGGAUGAGACGAUGGAGUUUCUGUUGAACAACGAGAGAUUGGGAGUAAUUGGUAGGGAGGCUUUACGGUUGGUGGCUAAUCUGCUAAAAUCCGAGUUUUUUCCAAGCGGCAAGGAAAUAUUGAAAGAGGGAGAUGAAGGCCACGAAUUCUACAUAAUCAGAGCUGGCACCGUAACAAUAACCAAAGCAGGCGAAGGAAUCAAGGGGGUGUAUAAAGAGGGCGACAGUUUCGGGGAAUACGCCCUUCUAAAGAAAGUUCGUCGACAAGCCACCGUCACCGCGAAUCCCCCAGGGGUGGAAUGCCUCAUCCUCACCAGGAAAGAGUUCAUCCGGUACUUCGGCGAGGUCACGGAGUUCAAAUAUUUGAAACUCCCGCCUAAAAACUCCGUCCAGGCGGCAGUCGCGACAGAGUUUGCGGACGUUUCUCUCCAAGACCUGGCGAUAAAGACGACCCUGGGGGUAGGAGGUUUCGGCCGGGUGCAGCUGGUGCAACACAGGCGGAAGAAAGAGCUGGUCUUCGCGUUGAAGUGCUUGAGAAAGAGCGAUGUGGUGGCUAACAAUCAGCAGGAGCACGUGCGAUACGAAAGGGACAUCCAGAAGAGGUGCAAGUCUGCCUUCAUCGUUGAAUUGUAUAGGACAUUCAGUGACGACAUGCACAUUUAUUUGCUCAUGGAGACGUGUAUGGGUGGAGACCUGUGGAACCACAUGAAAAGAAAAAGAGCUCGCAGAUUCGAAGAGACCGAAGCAAGAUUCUAUUUCGCCUGUGUACUGGAAGCGAUCGGUUACCUACACUCCAAGGAAAUCAUCUACAGGGACCUAAAGCCAGAAAAUCUCCUAUUGUGUUCCAACGGAUACAUAAAACUGGCCGACUUGGGAACCGCCAAGAAGGUACCAUUUCAAGGGAAAACCUGCACCUUUUUGGGCACUCCCGAGUACCUGGCACCGGAGAUAAUCAAGUACACCCCUUACAACAAAGCCGUGGACUAUUGGCAAUGCGGGGUCUUGCUUUUCGACUUUCUUUGCGGCUUCACCCCAUUCAGAUAUCCGGAAGGUAACUCCCUGAGGGUGCAGCAAAAUAUACUCGAUGGUAUCGACAAAACGAAAUUUCCAACUUUCGUGAACUUGGUGACCAGACAUCUGAUAAUGAUGCUAUGCAGACCAGAGCCGUCUCAACGGCUAGGUAUGAACGAGAAUGGGAUUGAAAGUAUCAAGGGGCAUAAAUGGUUCACUGGGUUCAAUUGGAGUAGGUUCCAAGAACUCAAGAUGACACCUCCGUUCAAGCCGAAGUUGAGAGGUCCUUUGGACGACAGAUACAUUGAAAAGUGCAAGAAAGAUUGGGAUACUGGAAAUGAUCAAGUAGAGGCUAUCGACGCUCAAUGGUUUGAGGAUUGGGAUUCAUAAUUCAUACACUCAGGAUUUUAUUCAAUUUAUUGGGAAGUAGUUUUUUUCAUUGAUC